ACAUCUAUGUAAAUCAGCUGAGUGAUGCGUAAGUCGCAUUAGGUGUCAAUGGAAAAUAUUUACAACGGUGAGCGCCUAUUACCCAACAUGCCGGAGCCAGUCCAUCAUCAAGUGAAUGCAGCUCGCAAAACAUUCCAAACUCUGCAUCAAAUUGCGAAAUUACUUAAUACAAAUUUGGAUCCUGCGACUCUGAGUAUCUGCGUGAGAUUAUGCGAAAAUGGAGUUAAUCCCCAGGCCCUGGCCACUGUCGUCAAAGAAUUACAGAAGGAAAUUAAGGCUUUGGAUUCCACCCCAGAUGAUACGGGCGUCAGCAAAACUCCCUCGUUUAAAUGAAUUUAUAUAUGUCUCUAAUUUAAGUAGUAAAAUAAAUUCCUUUCUUUUUUAGAAAA